AUGGUGGCAUCAUCCGGUCUUAUAAGCAUUUACUAUGCCGUCGUCUUGGGCUGGACCAUCACCUAUCUUCAACACUCUUUCAGGAAAGACUUUAUUUUCGCCCCUAAUUGCACCGCUUCCAGUUCUGGCUUAACAGAAGAUAGCUACCAAAAGGCAACGGAGUUUUUCAGAAAUGAAGUGGUUUACUUGAACGACGACAAGGACUUCGAGAUCCAACCUCAAUUAGUUCUGAGUCUCAGUCUAACCUGGCUGUUUGUCAUGGGGAUCCUUGUCCGAGGCAUCAAGAGCUCAAGCAAGGUCAUGUAUUUCACCAAUAUAUUUCCAAUUGCUAUGAUGUUACAGCUUUUGGUCUACAUUUUGCUUGAGGACCAUUGUCCACAAAGCACAGUAGGACUGUUAAAGCAAAUAAAUAUAAUCAUUUGGCCUUUUUUGCUUGCAGGUUACCUGAAUUAUGACCUUGAUGUAUGGAAUGAGAGCUUCAACUUAUAUUUCUCCCCAACUCGGGUGGAGGCUUCCAAGCUGCUGUCAUGGGAAAUAUGGGCCGAUGCUGCUUCUCAAGCUUUGUUCACCUUGGGUCACAUUUUUGGAGGCGCCAUAACCCUAGCUUCUUACAAUGACCUGCGACAAAAUACCCUCUGGACUGCACUGUUCAUCAUCUUGUGGGACACCGCAUUGUCCUUCCUCUUUGGAUGUUUGGUCUUCAUCUCCCUGAGUAAGCUGACCUCUGACUUGAAUGUGGACAUUGAAUCUCUGUUUAGCAUCGGUCACACAGUUGGGAAAAUAGGGGCGGAAGUCGUCUUCAUAGCGUACCCAGCUUUCUUGGUCGAAAUGAAAUCCCCUAUGUUGUUUAGGCGUUUCUUCCUGAUGAUUCUGACAAUGGGCAUCGAUAGUCUGAUAGGACUCGUGGAAACUGUCACAACGGCUCUCUUUGACAACUUCACCCGUCUAAGGAAUCGCUACUUUCCAAAUGUGUGCGCAGUCAUUUUUGUGAUGUUUCUCCUUGGUCUCCCGAUGUGUACGAGCACUGGGUUCUACAUCGUAGAGUGUAUGCACUCAUACACGUGCAACCUGAGCCUUCCUCUUCUUGGGAUCUCACACAUCGUCCUCGUCUGCUAUGUAUUUGGGCCUUGUCAUAUGUGCAGCAAGAAACACCGAAUUCCCUACCCUGGGGGACGAAAAUCUACAUGGCAUGUACACCCUCCUAGGGUGGAUCCUGUCCAUCUCCCCAUUUCUCCUGGUGCCGGCCUUCGCCAUUUACAAGUACAUCCAGUUGAAAGAUAA